GGCGUUAUUCUUGAAACAGAGACUGGACGAAGAAAUGAUCUAAUAUAGGUCAUUUUUCUGAUGAAUAAAUGAUGCAAAAAUCAAAAUAAAACAAAAGACCGAGUGUACUGACAAAAGAGAAAGAAAAGUUACGUCAGUCAGUGACUGCUAUUUUUCUCGAAAUAUAGACAGUCUAAUGACUGAUAUAUGAGAAAAAGUAGUACCUCGGCAUGUAUAUAUUUGUAUAUAAAUAGCAUCAUAAAAUUCUCAGAAGUUACUUUUCGAGUUCAUAUUAGAACAGAAAAGUGACAUUGCCGAUUUGUUAUAAAGUUGGACAUACAAGAAGACGUGUUGUAUCAGUACAUAUUAAGCAGAUACAGAAGGAAAGAAAAAUAUACAGUAGGAAGAAACACGUGGAUUGCGUGUUUUUACGAAGUAGCUGUACAUAAGGUGUAGCUCCUUUAUUUUGAAAUUGUGGGGAGCGUGCGUGUGGUGCCUUUGUAUCUGGUGGAUUGGUGAAUUAGAAAAUUGUGUAUAUCUAUAUUAUCGUCAUACAUUACGUCUGCUUUUUGGUUUAUUUAUUUCUUGGGGAAUUGAAGAUCGUUGAAAGAGUUAAUUUUGUCUACGUAACGUGCACGAAGAGCAAAGCUGUUAGGUUCAUUUAGAAUAGGUUUAUUAGUUGGUGAAUUUAGCAUUAUUACGAUUAUUUCCUCCGAACCCUAGGUACCAUUAGGUACCAGGCCUAUCGUUCGUGUUGCGUAUAAUCGGGACAAGUUGUUAUUUAGCAAACUGUGAUCUUCAAUACUUAUACGUAGUAUUAUAAAAGAGGUUAUUUGAGACAAAUAUUAUUUGUGUCGGGUUUAUAUUAUUUACGCGUAUCGAGAGAGCUUAUUGUGUUAUCUCCUUUAUUAUUUUACACGUAUUAGGCACUGAUUGUAUUAUACACAUAUUAGGAACGCUGUUAGGGGCUUUCCGCGUUUUCCAAUUUGUAUUUUGAUUGUUCGUACAACGCCAGGUCAUCAGUUACUGCGGGAUUCGGUGGUUUUGGGUCUCGUUGGCGGCAAUGAUCGGAUUGAUCGUACUGCUCUUAUCGCUACAAUUGGACAGAUUGUUCCUGUGUCAGAAAUUGAUUCAAUAGGGAAUUUGGGUAAUUUCUCGGAGUGGUUCGUGAUGCUCAAAACAACAGCUGCAAGAGAGAAAGUUCUUGCCUUUAGUGAACUUAAAGUUGGCGAUCAGACCUUCAUCGUCGGUGAACCCUAUCAAAACGUGAAAACUAUUCGCAUUCUUAACAUUCCUCCAACGGUGCCAGACGAUGAAAUUCGUGUGAUCGCAUCUAAAUGGGGAGGAAAGGUCAUUAGCAUCGAAACAGAGCGACUUCCUCGACCUUUCCAAUGGAUCAAGACCUUUGUUCGACGCAUUCGAAUCCGUUUCUCAUCACGACAAGACGAAGAGAACGUACCAGUUACGAUUAAGAUAAGCGAUAUUUUGGUUCCAGUUCAUCUGGAAGGACGCCAAAAAGUAUGUUAUCGUUGUAAACAGAUUGGUCAUAUUAAAGCAGAAUGUACGGUAUUAAAGUGUCAAAAGUGUCACGUGCUCGGUCAUGAUAAUCCGGAUUGUCAGCAGAAGCGGUCGUAUGCGAGUGCUGCCAUUUCUACUCCACUUUAUCCUGAGUCAUCCAAAACAGCAGUAAGUCAAGGAACAUCAAGACAGACAGUGACACCACGUACGUCAACACCUAUAUCAUCCUUGCCACAAGUACAGGUGCGAGUGUACCAUAAAUGCCAGCAACCAGGACACUUGCGAAAAGAUUGUCCAACUCGAAACGGCCACGUAGAUCAUCAAGUUUUCCAAAACAAGCACCUUUGUGUUGAAGUUGACACGAUCGGGAAUAAAGAAAUAAUACGGCAAGAUACACCGGCAUCAGUUACGCUUAAUUCAGAGAAGACGAUAGUGGAGUCCGGCGAUGAUAAUCAUUUGGACAGUCCUUGA